CAAACUCACGGCCUCCCAUUUGAUCGCCACAAUCGCCACUAUAACCAGCCAUGCCACUGUCAGAAUCUCCACGGAAAGUUGUGCCACUGGCAUUACCAAGCGAUUCAGAACCAUCGUCGCGCAGAACAACGACGACGAAGCGCAUGUUCUUUUGUGGGGUCGUUGUAGAGAACGAGCCCGGCCAACCUUUGCCUGAGGACGUCCAAGAAUUGGUCGCUUCCUUUGGAGAUCGCAUUUCAAGCUAUUCAGAUGGAGAAGUUCUUCCUGCUGCUCCGUCCGAGGCCGGCCCAUCAAUAUCAAAUCCCAAUACGCGCAAGCCAGUCACGACAGAUGCUUCCCCGAUACAGGACGUUAUCAACGAACUCGUCUCAACAGAACGAUCAUAUGUCAAGCGUCUACGAAUACUCAAAUACGAUUAUGCCGAUCCUCUCCGAUCCUUUGCACGGAGUAGAGACACUGCCAUCAUUCCCCCGUAUGAAGCGAAGACCCUCUUCGGCAAUGUCGACAAUUUGCUUCCCGUCAACGAACGUUUCCUGGAAGAUCUGGAGAAGAUGGUUGCAGACGAUGGGCCAGAAACUGUGGGAUACGUUGGAGACGUAGCAUUGCGGCAUUUCAAGGAGCUUCGAGGAUUUGACCAGUACAAGAAUUACUAUACAAAACGAGAAGAAGCCCAGGUUAUAUUUGAGCGGGAGAUGGCUAAGAGAGGCUCGGGAUUCGCUUCAUAUGUGGACCGCAUCAAGUACUCCUCGACGGACUCCAAAAACCGAGUCGGUUUGCGCGAACUGCUCAUGGAUCCCGUCCAACGCAUUCCCCGAUACACAUUGCUAUUUCGUACGAUGAUCAAACGCAUGCAUCCUAACGACCCUCAGCUCGCCAAAUUGCUAGAAGCAGACGAGAUAGCCAGCAAGAUUGCUUUGGCUGAGAUGGACGUCUCGACCGUACGAGCUUCUGUCCUGUCUAGUCUAAGCACCACUAUCGAUGGCUUUCCACCAAAUAUCUACUCCAGUGGCCGCCAAUUUAUCGAUUGCAUCGACGUAGAGGACUUGUGCACGGACGGACUCACGCCAGGAACCUUGUCAUCAGCGAACCCCCCGGAUCCCCUUCCCUGCUCCCUAUUCUUAUUCGAUGACAAAAUAGCGAUCGUCAAGCGUCCAUCAGACAAGGGAGCAAAAGGUCUUGCUGGGUUAAAUCAGCUGGACAGGGUGGUCCUCACACCAAGCACCCGAUCGACUACUUCGAAGAAGACCGGCUUGUCUUACAAAGGCAUAUUUGGCAUUACUCAAGUCGUUGCUACCGACGUCGAAUUCCACCUCUACCUCGAAAAUCCUCCUCAAGACCAAUCCGACCGAUGGGCUGGCAGACCAUUCCGUGCCUACACAGUCGCCAUCCCCCCUGCUCCUGCCAAUCUAGAUCCUACACGCGCCCGAUCUGUGAAGGAGAAGUUCUUGGAGAAGCUUUGGAACGCACAAGCCGUUCAUCGAACAAAGCUGGGACAAUCCGUCGUCCUGCUUGGCGCAGAGCGCGAAGUGGAGUCGCGAGGUGGACGCGUCACGAAAGCGCGGACAUAUUUCAACGUUUACGAGCGCACGCCAUUCUUGAGGGAAGUGAACAAGACGAAGGUCGUCGUCCAUAUCGAUGUGACGGGUACCGCAGAUCCCAUCCCUUUCGGUAUCGAUGGCCCGCCCAUGGUCGUAAUUCGCGUACAGCCUAUGGCUGGGGAAGUAUCACGAUACAGCGUUACUUCCUACGUUCCAAACGAGGAACCAGAGGAUGAGGAGAUCGUACAUACGAUGCGCAUCCCUGAGCGUGUGGUCCAUACAAUACACCAGUACGGACUGUUCAAAUUUCAAACCGGCAAGAACUCUAUCCCAACAACACCCACCGCCACUUCACGCUCCAAAGCAGCGAUCUUCGGUCUUGACGUACUCUCGCGAAACCUCUGGCAUGCGAUUCCCGGGUCAUCCAAGGGUGACAUCUUCGGUGGUUCAGUCAACGGUCAUCGACGAGCCAAAUCUACCAUCAGUCGCUCAUCGAUGUACACGCAAUCGACCCAGACCACGGCCGACAGUUUGAGGUCCUCUGCACGAUCAGCAUCAACUGCAGGUACCAGCCUAGUUAGCGAAGACGGAGAGUCCAUCGUCGAAAAGCCUUCAAGACGAACGCGGAACGUUCUAAGGCGACAGAGUCGAAGCAAAUCACCUGGAGAUACGAUGAGCGAGCCCGAAACUUCCACUCCCAAGCGACCGACGCAGUCCCAUGGGCGCUCGCAAUCGUUCUCCGGUGAGGAUUCCCUCUUCGAUGACGAGACGACUGAUCCAGGGCAUUUGUACCGGCGAGAGGAAGAGGAGAUGGAUCAGUCAGAGUGGGAUCUGACUCAACGUUUGGAGCUUGCGCGGCGAAAUAGUCGGAAUCAGCAUGGUGAACCUCCACUAUCUGCGACGUCUUGGGAUAAACCGAUAGAAGAUACGAUCUACGAAGAGGAGCCUCCACAAGCAAGUCUUCGACCGUUAUCAAGAGCAUCUGUUUUGCGUGUCUCUACACCAACACCACGACCCACGACACCUGACUUGGACACCGAAACUCCGCGCCGGCCCAGAUCAGGCUCGCAAUACUCGCUGGACGACCGGCCAAGAGGUCCACGAAUUCCAUCACCACUACCUCCUUCACUUUAUUCUCGUCCCUCUUCCCAGGUCAUUGAGACAUCUGACGAUGACGAAGGUGACGAUGACGAUUUACACUCUGCAUUGGACCACACGCUGGUGAACAUCAACAAACCUAUCGUUGCGCCUGCUGCAUCCCGGUCCAGGAUCCCGCGACUCGGUCCUGAUUCCUUCGACAACACACAGCAGACUUCGAGACCUCGUUCGCACACGUUCUCUCGGUACUCUAGCAGUGUUGUCGAGCCCCUUUCUAUCAAGAAAAAGGGUUCCGUACGUGACUCGACUGAUUCGUCCGUGCCGUCCUUACGGAGACCAUAUGUUCGAACAUCACCAAAGGCUGCUUCAUCGUCAAGAUUAGUGACCGAGCGACGUGUAUCGCCUCCUCAGAUACGGCGUGCUCAGACGACCGGAGCGCAGCCCGAACUCGAUCUCGACCUGGAGUCUGACUCUGAAGUUCCUUCCCAACCUGUCGAGUCCGUAACGUCUGUGGAUGUCGAACGCUUGCUGAGUUUGUCUGGGACGGCGAAAGAAGACAUGCUGUCGUCAAGGAAAGCCAUGAAACGCAUCAAAGCGGGCGCCGAGCGCAUUCGCACCACCUCACCACUACCUGCUGGACCGUCAGACGAUCGACCACAGUCUCCUGGCCUUCGACAAAUGUCCCGUAUUCCUCCUCCACGGCAUAACCCACCCCCGACAAAAGCUGCGCAAGAACGGCUGGAGGAGAUGAGAAACCUCAUCAGCAGACGUGUGGCUGGUGACGGCCCAAAUCGUGCUCGGUCACGUAGUGUAGUAGAGUCUGCAGCACCGGCAUCUACAUCGUCUACAUCACUAGAUGAACAAGUGAAGCUCAUAGACGACGCGGCUAACGAGGCAGAGAAGGAUCUUCUCCGAGCCAUCUCGAACCAUGAAACACUCGAAACGGACUUGAGGCAGCUUGUCGAGGACUUCCGAGAGCAAGCGACCCUUGUGGCCAGGCAGCAAUUCGAACUUCGGGCUGCAGCGCGGCAGCGCGAACUUUUGAAAACCUUGCUCACGGACGUUACAUUGGAAAAGGAUAUCACGUUCGAUGCAUUCAACGACGAGCUGGCUGGGUUUUUCGAUCAUGCUAACUUACCUGCAGACGAAGUAUGGGACGCUAUGGUUGAAGAUCUUCAAAGAGCCAUGGAACAUCGGAACGCUGUCGAUAAGGAAAACUUCCACCUAAGGCUACGACUCCAGGAGAUGGAGUCAGAAAAAGAAGAGUGGGCUGCUCUUCUCCGGGAACACGGACUUAUGUCCUAAAUCUAUAUCUUUUCAUGUUGUGUCAACAUUUAUGCGGACUAUCAUUCCUGGUCAUUUUGUGCUGUAUCAUUGUUGCCUUGUUGUUGUGGUUUGUAUAUCUAUAUUCACUCACGUCUGCCGAUCUAUACCUGUGGGUUUCAUUCUCUUCUGCUUUCCCCGUUCUCUUGACUCCGGGUACGAUACCUUAUAGCCUUACAUUUACACAAGGUUCCUCGCGAGAUAUCGUGGCUUGGUCUUCUUCCUCUUUGAAGGCCAUCGGUUAACCUUGUUCUCGCACAUUUAGAUGCUCUUUUUGACCCACUGUGUGGGCCUUUCCCAUCCAGUCGCUUCCCAGCCCUUUUCCCGUAAUACGUUUAGUGAAGACGGCCAUGACUCA